GAGCAGCUCUGAUUCCUCCAGAGAAGGGAGGCUGAAGCGGUCCUUGGAGACGCCGGGACCGGAGACCCUGCGGGCUGGCGGGGCAGCAGGGCCCCAGGAUGCGAACGGACAGCGUCCCUGCUGUCACCUCUGACCCUCCCUGAGCAAAUGGAACCAAAAAGUAUCUGAAGAACUUCUGCCCCCGGCCUCCUCAUGGAGGUGUUGAACGCGACAUCAUUCAGUGAUGAGAAGUCCUUGAACGCCUCGGCCAAACCGAACACCUCAGUCAGGGACCCGCAUCAGGAAAUCUCGGUUGUGGACGGGAUGAUUAUGAGCAUUUCCCUUCUGGGCUUUGUCGAAAAUGGGCUCCUCCUCUGGUUCCUCUGCUUCCGGAUGAGAAGAAACCCCUUCACCGUCUACAUCAUCCACUUGUCUAUAGCAGACUUCUCACUGCUCUUUUGUAUAUUUUUUCUGUUGGUCGACUAUGCUUUAGAUUAUGAGCUCUUUGCUGACUCUUACUACGUAAAUCUCACAUUAGGGGUGACAUUUAUGUUUGGCUACAACAUGGACCUCUACCUGUUGACGGCCAUUAGUGUGGAGAGGUGCCUGUCUGUCCGGUACCCCAUCUGGUACCAAUGCCAUCGCCCUAAGCACCAGUCGGUGAUUGUCUGCACCCUCCUGUGGGUGCUGUCAUGUGUAGUGACCACUGUGGAAUAUGUCAUGUGCACGGAUGAUGAGAUAGAGGAUUAUUCUCAAAGUGGCUGCAGGGUGGUGAUCAUCUUUAUAGCCAUCUUGAGCUUCCUGGUCUUCAUGCCUCUCAUGGUGGUGUCCUACACUGUCCUGGUGAUUAAGAUCCGCAAGAACACGUGGAAAGCCCAUUCCUCGAAGCUGUACAUCAUCAUCACGGUCACCGUCAUUAUGUUCCUCAUUUUCGCCAUGCCCAUGAGGCUCCUCUACAUGCUGAGUUAUGAGUACUGGUCAUCCUCUGACAACCUGCGUGACGUUUUUCUUCUCUUCUCCACUGUCAACAGCAGCACCAACCCUUUUAUUUACUUCUUCGUGGGCAGCAGUAGGAAGAAGCGGUUCAAGGAGUCCUUAGAAGUGGUUCUGACCAGGGCUUUCAAAGAUGAACUGCAGCCCAGGUGCCAGGAAGCCUCCAGCAACCCCAGCACGAUUGAGACUGUCCUUUGAGGACAGCGGCGGGAAACAGUGGACACAAUGGUGGGACGAAGACCAUUUGCACUUUGUGCUUGGAAUACCACUUACAUAUGUCCUAAAUAUGACACAGAAGGGUGCCCCAUUCUGUGUGCAUGAGAUACUAAUGAAUGAGGAGACUGUAUUCUUGUACUGUAUCUUCUGAAAAAGCCUAAAAAUGGGUCGGACAUCUAUCAUUUCUGUACAUAUGAAAAAACCUUCUGUUCCUCCUCAGCUCUUCCAGCAGCAUUUCCCCAUGAUCUGUAGAAAUUGCUCUAGCAGGAAGGUUUGCAGAUGAGUACAGGAAAAGUUCAUGAAAGCACUUGCUGGAAUCUGAGAAGGUGCAGCUAUAUAGCAGCAAGGACAUGGGCUUUGGAGUCAGAUCUGCUCUGUCAUUUGCUGCCUAUGUGAGCUCAGUCAAGUGGUUUAACCUCUCGGAACCCGAUUUCCUCACUUAUAAAAUGUUUAAUAGUAAUAGUUCACGUCUCCCAGGCUUGCACUGAGGAUAAAAUGGGAGAUACAGUGUGAGUAGCACUUGGCACAUUGUCAACAUUCAACAAAUGUUAGUCUUUUCCUCACUUCUUGAAGUGGAAAAAGAAAUACACACUUCUGAUUUGUAACAUGCACACAUGCACACAUAUACACAGCUCUAUUAUGUACAAAUACUGCUAUGUGUUUUAAAAUGUUAAAUGUGGGGGUGCCUG